AUGACUCAAUCUACUCUCCACGAUUGCCAUCUCCACGAUUUGGAGCUCCGCGGCUACCCAUACACAUGGGAACGAGGAAGAAAUACUGGCCAACUUGCCGAAAUUAGGCUUGAUAAAGCUCUUGCCACUCAACAAUGGUUAGAUAUCUUUCAUGAAGUAACUCUAACUAAUCUUGAUUUCUCUUGUUCCGAUCAUACCCCAAUUAUUCUGGACUUUAAUAAUGACAGCCAUGGUAAAAUUGUUCAUCACUUCCGGUUUGAAAAUUUGUGGUGCCGUGAACCUAUGUGCAAACAGAUUGUUCAAGCUUGCUGGGAAGAGAAUACUCAUUUGUCUAUUGUUGAAAAAAUAAAAUUGUGUGGUCUGGCUCUUGAUAACUGGGGAAAAAGUCUUAAGGGCAAUUUUAAAAAGAGAUUGGCAAAGAGUAAAAGUGUUAUGGCAGCCAUGAAACAUGAUGGCGACAAAAACAGCAAAUACUUUCAUGCCUCUACAAGUGCUAGGAAAAGAAACAACCAAAUUCACCAACUUCAAGACUCAAAUGGCAAUUGGGUUCGAUGGGAUACCGGUUUGGACAAGGUAAUUUCAGAUUACUUUUCAAAUCUUUAUUCUGCUAGUGGUGCUCAUCCUAGUUUGGUGGUAAAUGGAAUUAGAGGCAUUGUUAAUAGUUCUCAAAAUGAGGACUUGCUCCAGCAGGUGACUAGUGAAGAAGUUAAAAAUGCCUUAUUCCAAAUGCAUCUUGAUAAAGCCCCCGGGCCUGACGGAAUGGGACUAGGUUUUUUCCAAAAGCACUGGGAUAUUAUUGGAGCAGAUAUUGUUGGCUUGGUCACCAAUUUUUUCAACACAGGGGAACUCCCAAGAGAUCUCAAUACAACCAAUCUUGUCUUAAUUCCGAAGAAGAAGAACUUUCUGUCUAUGAACAAUCUGCGGCCUAUUGCUCUUUGUAAUGUGUUGUAUAAAAUUGUCUCUAAAGUGCUGGCAAAUCGAAUGCGGGGAAUUAUUGACAAGAUCAUCUCAACUACUCAAAGUGCGUUUAUUCCUGGAAGACUAAUCUCUGAUAAUGUCAUGAUCGCAUUUGAAGUUAUGCACUACCUUAAGCGCAAGACAAAAGGAAAAAAAGGCUUCAUGGCUCUUAAGCUCGACAUGAGCAAAGCCUAUGACCGGGUUGAGUGGAGUUAUCUUCAGGAAAUUAUGAGCCGUAUGGGCUUUCAUGAUAAGUGGAUCUAUCUUCUGAUGCGGUGUAUCACCUCGGUUCGAUACAAUGUUCUUCAUGGUGGCAAUGUUGUUGGCCCCUUCACUCCAACUAGAGGUAUUCGCCAAGGUGACCCUUUAUCUACUUAUCUCUUCAUAAUUUGUGCUGAAGGCUUAUCAAUGCUUAUCAAUUCUGCUGAAUCUAACCGCACCAUCCAUGGAUGCCGUGUUGCAAGAGGAGCCCCCUCCAUCACACACAUGCUCUUCGCAGAUGAUAGCUAUCUUUUUUGUCAGGCUUCGAUUGGUGCAGCCCAAGGGGUUCGAAAUCUACUUUCUGAGUUUGAACAAGCUUCUGGUCAAAAGGUCAACAUUGCCAAGUCAUCUAUAUUUUUCAACCCCAACUCAGAUGCUCAAACCCGCUCUCAUAUCAGUGCUAUCCUUGGAAUGGCCGAAGCUUCAGAUGGUAGUCUAUACUUAGGCUUACCCAAUAUCAUUGGUCGUAACAAGUCAACUAUCUUUGGCUUCUUGAAGAAUAAAGUUAUUGCUCGCCUUAAUAGUUGGGAUGGCAAGUUUCUCUCUCGUGCCGGUAAAGAAAUUCUUCUCAAAACUAUCAUUCAGUCUCUACCGACAUAUGCCAUGAGUGUCUUUCUAAUUCCUCUAGGCAUCUGUGAAGAUAUUGAGAAGCUUAUGGCGGGGUUUUGGUGGAAGACUACAUCUAGUAAGGGUCGAGGUAUUACGUGGAUGUCUUGGGAGAGAAUGACUGCUUCAAAAGAUGAGGGUGGUAUGGGUUUUCGAUGCCUUCAAGAGUUCAACCUUGCUAUGCUUGCUAAACAAGGUUGGAGAUUAUUAUGUCAACUCAAGUCUCUGAUAGGACGUGUUUUCAAGGCAAAAUACUUCCCUCACACUGAUUAUCUUUCAGCCAAACUUGGCAACAACCCCAGUUAUGUGUGGCGAAGUAUCUGGGGCGCUCAAAGUGUGGUCCGAACUGGUGCUAUUCGAACAAUUGGGAAUGGUCUCACUACAAAUAUUACUUCCCAUCCAUGGAUUCCACAUUCUUCUAACAAGUUUGUAUCAUCAUCUCAUCCAGCUUUACAUGGUCAUACUGUUGCUUCUCUCUUUGCAAUUGAUGAAAGAAGAUGGGAUGCUGAAAUCAUUAACGACUUGUUCAACCAUCGAGAUGCUACACUGAUUCUUGGCAUUCCCUUGUCACCAAAUGUCGAUACUGAUGUCUGGUCCUGGACUGGAGAGCGCUCAGGCAUUUUAUCUGUGAAAAGUGCUUACAACCUUCUGCAAAAUAGUAAGCCUAAGCGCCAAGGAGCUGAUAACUCUGGGUUCUGGCGCAAGCUGUGGCAUCUAAAGAGCCCCCCAAAGGUUAAGAACUUCUUGUGGCGUGCUACUUCUAAUUGCCUCCCAACAUGCCUCCAACUUGUGUCAAAACAUGUGAGCAUCUCAUCCUCUUGCCCGGUAUGUAAAUCCCAUCCUGAAACGACUGUCCAUGCUUUAUUAAACUGUCAACUUGCUCUGCAUUGCUGGUCAACAUUGGGGAUUACUUUGAACAUUACGUUAUCAUCAUUCGGCAAUUGGCUACAUGAAGCUUUUCUAAAGCUUGAUGAAGAUCAAGUAUGCCGUGCUGUGAUGCUAUGUUGGGCCUUAUGGAAAGCAAGAAAUGCUACCGUAUGGAAUAAAAAACAGUCUUCCCAUACUAAGAUUCUGGCGUCAGCUCGUACAACCCUUGAUCACUGGCGAAAAGCUCAAGACAAUACAUGCCUAUCUUCCUUGUUCUUUAAGAAUAAGGGGGAUGGUGCUGAGCUUUGGACUAAACCUGAUUCAAACAACAUCAAGGUCAAUGUUAAUGCCGCCCUCUUUGCACAAGACAAUUCAUAUGGUUUUGGUAUUGUGGCUCGUGACAGUCAAGGCAAACUAAUUGAAGCAAAAACUUAUUACCAUGGAGGUGAUUUCAGUGCUGAGACCAUUGAAGCCAUUGGUAUCAAGGAAGCUCUUAGUUGGAUAAAAAAUAAAAAAUGGCAGAAUGUACAGGUUGAGACAGAUAGCAUGGUCACCGUUCAAGGUAUUCGCAGUAAUCAAAAGAUGAACUCUACCUUUGGACUUGUUGUUCAAGAUUGUCAAUUUCUGUUAUCUUCUUUAAAUAAUGUAAACCUCUUUUUCAUUAGACGAUCAGCAAAUCGAGUUGCUCAUGUUAUAGCAAGGCACUCUCGAUUUUUUCCUGGUUGUAGCAUUUUUGAGCAUAAUGCUUGGGCUGAUUUAAAAGCUCUCUUGUACUCUGAAUGCUAA